UGUUCUCUUUUGUUCCGCCUGGUCACACUUUUGUUUUGGUUUACGGGCGAUUUCUUUCGGUGUUGCGUUCUGUUCUGUUAUUUAUCAAAUUCUGGACUCCUGCUUCUGGAUACCGCCGGGGAAACUGAAAAGCAAUCGAUAACUUGGCGGUGGCACUGGUGACUGGAGUUGACACUGGAUUCCGAAACUAUAGCGCCAUGGACAAUGCUGGGGAGUCGGCCUCGCCGCCAUCGAGCAACGAGGCAGCGGCUGGAUCACAAAGCGAAGCCUCCGAGGAGGAGGAGUAUCUGGAUAACAGCAUCGAGCUGCGUGGAUACCUCAGCAAGUGGACCAACUACAUAUAUGGGUGGCAGCCCCGCUACAUUGUCCUGAAGGAUGGCACUCUGUCCUACUACAAGUCGGAGUCGGAGUCAGAUUUCGGCUGCCGGGGAGCCAUCAGCCUGACCAAGGCCACAAUUAAGGCUCAUGAAUCUGAUGAACUACGCUUCGAUGUGGUGGUCAAUAACCUGAACAACUGGUGCCUGCGUGCGGAGACAUCCGAAGAUCGCAUGCACUGGGUGGAGGUGCUGCAGCUAUAUAAGGAGGAUACCGGCAGUACGGAUACUACAUCGCUGCGACGUCAUGGCAGCACCAUGAGCCUACAGUCGAACACCAUUUCGCUGACCAGUGGUGGUAGCUUGAAGAAAACCCAGCGUAAUCUGCGCGAAAAGGUCGGCGAGCUAGAGACCUUUAAGGAUAUCCUGUUUGGUCAGAUCGAGACAUUGCAGCGAUACUUUGACGCCUGUUCGGAGUUGAACAAAAAUAAUGCCCAACCUCUCGAUUUGGGUGAUGGCCUUAAGAGCAUCGAUUUCAAGGGGGAAUCCAUUACGUUUCGCGCCACAACCUCUGGGGUGCUGACAACUUUGCAACAUUGCCUGGAAAUUAUUGCCGAAAGCGACGAGUCUUGGAAGCGGAAACUGGAGCGUGAGAUUGAUAAGCGCCGUCGCUCGGAAGACCAGAAUAAAAAGUUCAAGGACGAAAUUGAGAAAAUUAAACGAUUAUCAUAUCCUGGCCCAGAUUUCGAGGAGGGCCCACAUUCCACAUUGCCCGAGGAUGAGUUCUUCGAUGCUGUUGAAACUGGCCUGGACAAAAUCGAGGAGGACAUGCAAUUGCGAUUCAAGCUGAAACUGCAGUCCCAAAUCUCACAAACUCUGGUCAAUGUCCCACACGAAGCGGUGGCCGAGGGCGAGGAGGCACGCGAGGAGUUCGGCACGGGUGCGGAGGCCAAGAGCCAUGCCCUGUGGCCCGAGAUCGAUCGCGUGUGCAAGGAGCAGCUGCACUAUGCCAGGGAAGGCGUCGGCCAGGAUGGCAACGGUUGGCAAAUCUUCGCCGACGAGGGUGAGAUUAAAAUGUACAAACGCGAGGAGGAGGUCAACGGGUUGGUGAUGGACCCCCUGAAGGCGUAUCACACGGUGCAAGGGGUGACUGCGAGGGAAAUGUGCCACUACUUCUUCAUGCCAGAAUUCCGCAAUGAUUGGGAGACCACACUGGAGGACUGCACAAUUCUGGAAAAAAUCUCGGCGGAUACCCUCCUGUUUUUGCAAACCCACAAGCGCAUUUGGCCGGCUAGCCAGCGGGAUGCGCAGUUCUGGUCGCACAUGCGGAAGAUCACUGACAAUCUGGAACCUGGCGCUCGCGAUAUGUGGGUGGUGUGCAACAACUCCACAGAAUACGCCAAGCAGGAGUCAAAGAAUGGCAAGUGCGUACGUAUUUUCCUGACCGUCAUCCUUGCCUGCCAGACCCACUUGCCCGAGGGCUACGUGAAAGGUCAGCCCUUAAAUCGCGAAGAUCUAACCUGCAAAAUAACAUAUUGCUCCGUGGUGAAUCCUGGAGGCUGGGCACCGGCCAGCGCGUUGAGGGCCGUUUAUAAGCGUGAAUAUCCAAAGUUUCUGAAGCGCUUCACCGGCUACGUAAUAGACCAGUGCAAGGACAAACCCAUCAUGUUCUGAUAUUUGCCAUAAGCAACAAAGCAAUCAAUACUAAUCUGGGACUUUUUCCUUAAAAAUCAUAAAUCUUGAAAAGAACUUUCUCUAUCCUCAACUCCAGUUUUAUACACGUUGACAGGUUGAGUUUAAGUUAGCCUUAAGUUAUGUGUAAGUGAAACACAAUCAUUGUAUAGCUCUUAGUUCCGAAACUUUCUAACUGUAAUGUGUAUCUAUAUGGAAAUGCUUUAAAUGCAACAAUUGCAAAAAGGACGAUGUGAGGGAUCCAUAAGUAGUCAUAAGUGAGCUUUCUCUUCGGUGUGAAUCUAUAGAAAUAUGUAUAUCCGCAUACGUACGAGUUGAGUAUAUAUUACCAUAUUCCUACCUCCCUACCGCCCCGCCCCGCCCGGCAACAUCCUCUUUACCGAACUGUCAAGUGUGUAAAUAAAUGCGACUUCUUGUUAUCUCCAAAAUAAAA